CUUUAUGUGUUGCUUGGUGGCCAGACCCGGCAGACAAACGUGGAGUGGGGGGGUGAACAUUAACAGAAUUGUCCAAAGGGGGGGUAUAAUUCUGAUUUGUGAUGGGGUCUUUGCUGCUUUGUACCCCUGCCUGCCUCCUUGGCGUCGGGUCGGGGUUACGCUUCCUUUAGGCAAGUCCGAGGUCCACUUUGGGAAGGUAGAGACCCACCAACGAAGGCCGUAGUUAUCGUGAGUUGGACGUUGUAACCGGUGUGGGAUAAAAUAGCGAAGAUUAAUAAUGAAACCGCGGCUAAGCGGCUUUGAUGCGCACUCGAUGAGCUACUCCUAGCCAGCUAGCAUACAUUAGCUACAUCUCCAGUUGUUGCUAGCCGGCUAACCGCCAGUUGAUUUCGCUCACUUUCUCAAACGCUCUUUUGGAGAUGUGACGAUUAGGAAGAGAUUGGUGACACUGAGCUGCCUGUGCAUUGACACGACCUCUUGACCUCAUCUUCAGCAUGAAUGGUGAUAUGCCUCAUGUUCCCAUCACUACUCUUGCUGGAAUUGCUAGCCUAACUGACUUGUUGAACCAGCUGCCUUUGCCCUCCCCUCUUCCGGCCACCACUGCUAAGAGCCUGCUUUACAAUGGAAGGAUCUCCGACGAGGUCAGCAGCUUGUUGGUGUGUCGAGACGAGAAUCUGGUGACUCAGCUGGCCCAUAGCCUUAACCAGGUCUCCACUGAACAUAUAGAGCUAAAGGACAACCUGGGAAAUGAUGAACCUGAGGGUGACAUGCCAAUACUUCUCCAAACUUUGCUGUCCAGGAACCCCAGGAUCUUCAGGGACAAAAGUGUAUUACAGCAACCAUUAAUACAGCAGUACAAGAUUUCUCAGAACCAAGUGCAUGGAAGUCCAGCAUCAAACUAUCAGCAAAGCCCCUCUGGAUGCUUUACGUCCCCACAGUGUGGCUCAGCUUCUCAGUUUGUACCCCAGCAGAACAGUCCUAUACCUAGCCCCUACACCCCCCAGAGUCCUGCAGACUACAUUCAGUACAAUCCACCCAGUUACUCUCAUCAGACUCAACAAGUUGUCGGUGGCGUGAGAACAAUUCUUGACAACAAAGUCUCUGAACAGCUGUCAAGUAAUUCAUCUAACCAUAAUACGAAAGCCGGUUUGGAUGAAGAGUACAUAAACGUGGCUCAGAGACUGGGAAAUGAGGAGAAUGACUCUUCCAUAAAAGCCGCCGUAUUCUCUGUUUGUGAAGAGAGUCCAAAAAAGCCCAGGCCUUCUCUCAUCAUGCAGUCACCAUCACUUGAUGUGCCACAGGCUGCAGCACCUGACCUGCUCCUUAACACUGCCGACCGUAGAAAGAGGCAGCGAGAAAGGAGCAAAGAAGAAAACGAGAACAUGGACAAAAAUGUCUUCUAUGACAUAGUUAGCUCUCCAUCUAAGGACUCUGCCAGAUUGACUUUAAAACUGUCUCGAGUGAAGAUCCCAGACAUGGGCCGCUCUGAAGAACUCCUCCCAACCUCACCUAUGGACGGAGAUCAUGAAACGGUUGUUCUAAACAAUGAUAUUCAGUCAUCAAGUUCUCCUCAAGAUUUUUCGCACAAGUCAGAGGUUAACGAGGAAGCAAACUGUCAACAAGUUGCUGCACAGCCAAACACCAAGGAGACCGGAGUCAUCAGUGGAAUUGUGUUUGAUGACUCUGAGAUUGAAGCACUUGCUGAGAUUGAAAGAAUGGAAUCAGCCAAUGAGAAAGAGCGAUGCUCUAAGGAGGUCCAAGAUAAAGACAAGCCUCUAAAAAAACGGAAACAAGACACAUACCCUCAGGAACCUGGCAUUGAGACAAACGAAGGACCAUCUGUACAUUUGGGUAGCCCUGUCAGCAAACUGACACCCAAGAAGUCGAGUGCUGCGAGUAAUGGUGCCGGUCGGCCUGCCUUGAUGGUCAGUAUUGAUCUGAAGCAAGCUGGGAGAGUAAUAGGUCAGCCAGUAGUUGUCUUGGAACAGCAGCCGUUGUGUAAAGAUCACUUACGUCGCCUUAAGACAAGUGCAGAUCCUGAAAACCGACCUGGGAUCAUCAAAAAGCUUCCUGACACUUCCCAGAUUUCUGGUUGUGAUGGACGUACAGAAAGUAGUAAACAGAAGCAGGAAAACAUGCGUGAAUCAAAACGCAAUCAAAAUAGUAAACCUGGCAGUGAUAGGGGACACUCAGAGGACAGAUGUGUAGCGUGGCUAACACAUGACAUACAUUCAGAUUUGUCCCCCAAAGAUGAAACAAACAACAACAGCCACCGAUCCCAAAUAAACAAAGCCGAAACGCCAAAAUCCAUAAGCAAGGUGGAACGCAACUCACGAUAUGAAGAAGAGAAAGGCAGGAGCAAAGAAAAGGAUAAGGACAGGGAUAGACAGAGAGAAAAAGAUGGAGACAAAGAAAAGCUCAGUGAUCGAGAACAAUCCAGCGAAAGAGACAAAAAUGAAGACAAGGACCAGGACAGAGUCACAGACAAACUUCGAGACAAAGCCAGAGACCGAGUAAAAAGCAGAGAAAAAGACAAAUCCAUUGAGAUGGACAAGUAUGAAGACAGAGAUCAGGAGAGAGUCAAAGAAAAACUUCGAGAAAAAGCCAGAGAUAGAGAAAAAAACAGAGAAAGAGACAAAUCCAUUGAGAUGGACAAAGUUGAAGACAAGGGUCAGGACAGAGUAAAAGGCAAAUUUCGAGACAAAGUCAGAGAUCUAGAAAAACCCAGAGAAAAAGAUAAACCCUUCGAGAUUGACAGAGAUGAAGACAAAGAUCAGGUCAGAGUCAAAGGCAAACUUCGAGACAAAGUCAAAGACCUAGAAAAAUCCAGAGAAAAAGACAAAUCCACAGAUGUGGACAGAGACGAAGACAAAGAUCAGGAAAGAGUCAAAGGCAAACUUCGAGACAAAGUCAAAGAUCGAGAAAAACCAAGAGAAAAAGACAAACCCACAGAUAUGGACGGAGAUAAAGACAAAGACCAGGACAGAGUCAAAGGCAAACUUCGAGACAAAGUCAGAGAUCGAGAAAAACCCAAUGAAAAAGACAAACCCACAGAUAUUGACAGAGAUGAAAACAAAGAUCAGGAGAGAGUGAAAGGCAAACUUAGUGGUAGAGACAAAUGUAGAGAUGGAGAAAACCAAAAAGAAAGAGAAAAAUCCAGGGCAGAGGAAAAGUCAAGAGAAAGACGCAGUGAUGAGGACAAAAACCUGGAGAGACUCAAAAGCAAAGUCAGAGAUAGAGACAAAGAUGGAGAAAAGGUCAGGGGAAGAGACAAAUCCAUAGAUUUGGAUAAAGAUGAGGACGAUGGAGAGGGAGUCAAAGACAAAGUUCGAGAUAAAGACAAAAUCAGAGACAAAGAAAGAAAACGAGAAAGAGACAAACUCAGAGAAAGGGAUAAAGAGGAAGGAAAAGAUCAAGACAGAGUCAGAGACAAGUUUAGAGAUAAAGAAAAAUCCAGGGGAAGAGACAAAUCCACAGAGAUGGACAAAGAUGAAGACAAAGACCUUGAAAGAGUUAAAGACAAGGUUAAAGAAAGGGACAAAAUCAAAGACAGAGAAAAACUCAGAGGAGGAGAAAAAGGUCAGUCAGAGAAAGGCAGACACAUGGAUGAAAACUUUGACAUUAACAGCGAACAAGACAAAGAUGUUAAGAGAGACAGAGAUAAAGACAAAGAAAAAGGUAAAGAAAAGAACAGAGACAGAGAGAAAGACAGAGACAGGAACAAAAAGCACAAGAUGGCGUCGGAAGGCAAAGCUAACAGAAACCCAGCGGAGGAGCAAACUAAAUCUGACAGCCCUAAACUGAAGCAUGAUGAAGGCAGAAAAUCAGCUGAGCUCACAGAUCGGCAAAGGACUUCCUCUUCCAGCCUGCAGACCACCCCAAACAAAGAGCAGCGAACAAGUGGGGACAGCAGCACAAGCCAACCUGCAAGCAAACGGCAAGGCUCUGAGAGAAAAGCCAUUGAUUUGCCACCGUACCUGCUGGGUGGCAAUUCAGGAAGUCUCAAGAACUUUGUGAUUCCUAAACUGAAACGAGAUGGAAAAGACGGAGCAGAUAAAGAUCUCAGGCUCAAAAGCAAACUGAUAGAUACCUGGAGUGAACCAUUGGUGCGGUUAGAGAGAGUUUCUCUGGUUGAGAACUUGAACAAAAGAACUAAACCAGUCGUUGUGGUCAAGAAACUCAGCAUAGAGGAUGUAAAACGGAUCAUGAAGGAAACCAAGAAUGCACACAGAUCCAGACAGUGGUCCUCCUAUGACUCCUCGGACAGAGAGAGAGCAAAUAAGCGAAGGCACAGCAUGAUCAGUAAAAGAUCCAAAUAUGCUGAGGUGGAUUCAGAUAACGAGGAGGUGGAAGAGGAUGAUGAUGAGGAGUCUGAGUCUGAGGAUGAGUCUCCAAGAAAAAAGAAAAAGAAAAGUCACGACAAAGCUUGGAAGAUGGAAGAGAGGAAAGGUUCUAGGGAUCACAAACGAAGUGGAAGUUUUCAUAACUCUCGGCGGGGUUCAAGUGGCCGUCAACGGGACUGGAGCAGCAAUGAUGAUUCAGAUGAACACUCGCCUCCACCGAGCCUGAAUGAUGUUGCCCGAAAAAUGAAAAAACAGAAAAGCAGAACGGCGUACGAUUCCAAGAUGACAACAGAGGAAAAAAUGGACUCAUCUGCUUAUAGGAGGUUUGUAACCAACGUGGACAACAUUCUGGAGAGCCUUGAGGAUGUAGACCUCACUGCUGCAGAUGAUGAUGAGAUACCUCAAGAGCUGUUGCUUGGAAAGCAGCAAUUAAACGAGCUUUGCAGCGAUUCUACCAAGAUUAAAGCCAUGGGAAUCUUUAGCAAGUUUUCUUCCAGUAAACUGGUGAAAAUUCUGAAUAUAUUGGAGAAAAACAUUCAGGACAGUGUCACCCUUUCCACUUUAAUGAGUCAAGACAAUGAUUCAAUGGAUGAGGAACGGCUGUGGCGUGACCUCAUCAUGGAGCGGGUGACCAAGUCUGCAGAUUCCUGUUUGACUGCGCUUAACAUAAUGACGUCCCCACACAUGCCCAAGGCUGUUUAUAUAGAGGAUGUGAUCGAGAGGGUGUUGCAAUUCACCAAGUUCCACCUACAGAACACUUUGUACCCUCAGUAUGACCGUUCAUACCGAGCAGGUGCCUCGCACACUUCAAAGUCCAAGAAACCAAAAUCCUCUGCCCACAAACAGAAAGUGGUCACGGUGCUCUACAACAAAGUUUGUGAUAUUAUCAGCUUCAUCUCAGAGCUCCUUGAAAUCCAGCUGCUCACUGACACCACCAUUCUCCAGGUGUCAAGCCUUGGAAUUACGCCUUUUUUUGUCGAGAAUGUCAGUGAACUGCAGUUAUGCGCCAUUUCUGUGGUGACAGCAGUUUUCUCUCGCUAUGAGAAGCACAGGCAGCUCAUCCUUGAAGAGAUUUUCACGUCCCUCGCCAGACUUCCCACAAGUAAACGUGGUCUCAGGAACUUUAGGUUAAACAGCAGCGAUUCAGACGGACCUGCACUGUACAUCCAGAUGGUCUCGGCUCUGGUUCUUCAGCUCAUUCAGUGUGUGGUUAACCUUCCAUCGGAGAAGGAGACGGACGAGGAACCUAAAAAGAAGGUUGAUAAAGAUGUCCUCAUUACCAACUCUUAUGAAACUGCCAUGAGGACAGCUCAGAACUUUCUCUCUGUAUUUCUCAAAAAAUGUGGCAGUAAACAGGGAGAAGACGACUACAGGCCUCUGUUUGAGAACUUUGUACAUGACCUGCUGUCAGCCGUCAACAAGCCUGAGUGGCCUGCAGCCGAACUGCUGCUCAGUUUACUGGGUAGACUGCUGGUUCACCAGUUCAGUAAUAAGCAGACAGAAAUGGCGCUCAGGGUGGCGUCCCUCGACUACCUCGGCACUGUUGCCUCCAGCCUGCGUAAAGACUCUCUCUCUUCCAAGAUGGACCAAAGAACCAUCAAUCGCAUCCUUAAAGAGACUCCUGGUAGUGAUGAGAUACUGCAGCUCCAAAAGGCUCUGCUGGAUUUCCUCGAUGAAAACAUUGAUGCAGAUCCUGCUUUAUUGUUUGCGAGGAACUUUUACAUUGCCCAGUGGUUCAGAGACACUACAGUUGAGGUAGAAAAAGCAAUGAAGUCUCAAACCGAGAACGACGACGAUCCCAAGUACCGGCGGCAUUCCACGGAUUCGGACACGGCCGCAGAGAUUGUGCAGACAGUUGAGGCACGGAAAAAAUUCCUCCGCAAGGUCAUCAAGACAACACCAUUGAACUUCAGCUCUGUAAAGAUAAGCUCUGACACUGUAGACUAUGAGGACUCCUGUCUGAUUGUUAGAUAUCUGGCCUCUAUGAGGCCAUUUGCACAGAGCUUUGACAUUUAUCUAUCACAGAUCUUGAGAGUCCUGGGAGAGAGCGCUAUUGCAGUGAGAACUAAAGCCAUGAAGUGUCUAUCAGAGGUAGUGGCUGUGGAUCCAAGUAUAUUAGGAAGAGUGGACAUGCAGCGGGGGGUGCACGGUCGUCUAAUGGACAACUCCACUAGUGUCAGAGAAGCAGCUGUAGAGCUUCUUGGCCGCUUCGUGCUCAGUCGACCUGAGCUAAUCGAGCAGUACUACGACAUGCUUAUUGAAAGGAUACUGGACACAGGAAUCAGUGUGAGAAAAAGAGUCAUUAAGAUUCUUAGGGACAUUUGCUUGGAGCUGCCAGAUUUCCACAAGAUAACAGAGAUGUGUGUGAGGAUGAUCCGCAGAGUCAAUGACGAGGAAGGGAUCAAGAAAUUGGUGAACGAGACGUUCCAGAAACUCUGGUUUUCACCAACACCCAGUCAUGAUAAAGAAGCUAUGAAGAGAAAGAUCCUGAACAUCACAGAUGUGGUGUUGGCAUGCAAAGAUUCAGGAUAUGACUGGUUUGAGCAGCUCCUACAAAAUCUGCUAAAAUCAGAGGAGGACGCUUCAUAUAAACCAACCAAGAAGGCUUGUGUUCAGUUGGUGGACAAUUUAGUGGAGCAUAUACUAAAAUAUGAGGAAUCUAUUGCAGACUGCGAAGACAAAGGGAUAAACUCCAGCCGUGUGGUAGCGUGCAUCACCACCCUUUAUCUGGUGACUAAAAUCAGGCCUAACCUCAUGGUUAAACAUGCAAUGGCUAUGCAGCCCUACUUGAACACAAAAUGCAGCACUCAGAAUGACUUCAUGGUUAUUUGCAACGUGGCCAAGAUCUUGGAGCUUGUCGUACCUCUGAUGGAAAAUCCAAGCGAGUCGUUCCUCAACACGAUUGAGGAAGACCUGAUGAGGCUCAUUAUUAAACACGGCAUGACGGUGGUGCAGCACUGUGUGAGCUGCCUUGGUGCCAUUGUGAACAAGGUGACACAUAAUUACAAGUUUGUGUGGUCUUCUUUCAAUCGCUUCUAUGGAGCUCUGGCUAAACUCAAGACGCAGCACCAGGAGGACCCCAGCAGCUCCACUCUGGCUGCUAACAAGCCAACUCUGCUGCGCUCAUUGUUCACUGUGGGGGCUCUUUGUCGACACUUUGAUUUUGACCUAGAAGAGUUCAAGGGAGCGAGCAAGAUCAUCAUAAAGGACAAGGUUUUGGAACUUCUGCUAUACUUUACCACCCAUGAGGAUGAAGAGGUCCAGAUCAAGGCCAUGACUGGUUUAGGCUUCCAGUUCAUCAUGCAUCCAGAACUCAUGUUUGUGCAAGAUGUGAAGGUUCUUUACAUCAGUUUGCUGUCAGAUGAGAGCAGCUCUGUCAAUCUGAAGAUCCAUGUGCUCAAGAACCUUCAAACGUACCUACAGGAGGAGGACUCCCGGAUGCAAGAGGCGGAUCGGGAAUGGAAUAAGCAAGCAAAGCAGGAAGAUCUGAAGGAAAUGGGAGACAUCUCCUCAGGCAUGAGCAGCUCCAUUAUGCAGAUUUACCUCAAGCAGGUGCUGGAGUCCUUCUUCCACUCACAGUCCACCGUGCGGCACUUUGCUCUCAGCGUCAUCACACUGACUCUGAGUCAGGGCCUCAUACACCCUGUACAGUGUGUCCCCUACCUGAUCGCCAUGGGAACAGAUCCAGAGCCGACCAUGAAGAACAAGGCAGACCAACAACUAGUGGAGAUCGAUAAAAAAUAUUCAGGAUUCAUUCAUAUGAAGGCUGUUGCCGGGUUGAAGAUGUCCUAUCAGGUCCAGCAGGCCAUAAAUGGGGGCAAACGCGCGGUGAUCCGAGGUUUCCGUCAUGACGAUUCCGACACGGCUCUCUGUUACCAUCUGUACACUUUGGUCCGUGGGAACAGACAGCACAGACGGGCCUUCCUCAUCUCCCUGCUCAACCUGUUCGAUGACAGCUCUAAAACAGAGGUAAACAUGCUGCUCUUCAUAGCAGACAACCUGGCGUGCUUUCCUUACCAAACCCAGGAGGAGCCUCUUUUCAUCAUGCACCAUAUAGACAUCACUCUGUCUGUCUCUGGUAGCAACCUGCUUCAGUCUUUCAAAGAGUGUUUACGGAAAGAGCCUGUAAGACAUGAAAAGAAGGUGAAGACAAAGAAGAGAAAAAAGAAACAUCAUCGUAAGAGGAAAAACAGUUCUGAUGAGGAGGACGAUGAGGAUGAAGAGAAGAGCAGCAGCUCAUCCAGCAGCAGCAGUAGCAGUAGCAGCAGCAGCAGCGAUGAAGAGGAGGAGAAAGUCCGCAAGCGAAAGAAGCCUGGAGGCUGUGACUCGGACUCGGAUCUGGAUGAUGAGGAUGCUGUGAUGGACCGUCUGCCUGAAAACCCCGCCCCUCUGCUGGAAUUUGCCAGCGCCUCACAGGGAAUCCUGCUGCUGCUGGUGCUCAAGCAGCAUAUGAAGAAUCUUUACGGCUUCUCAGACAGCAAAAUCCAGAAGUACUCACCGACCGAGUCCGCCAAAGUUUAUGACAAGGCAGUGAACAGGAAAUCUAAGGUGAACUUCAACCCUCGUCAGACCCUUGAAUACCUGAAGAACGAUGUGGCCAACAGAGAGCUCAGCUAUGAGACUAAGAGGAAUAUCGUCAAACAGUUUUUGGAUUUCAAGGUGCUAAUGGAGCACUUGGACCGUGAUGAAGAGGAUGAAGAUGGGGGUGAAGCAAACGCUAAUGCCAGAAACAAAGCCAUCAAUUCGCUGCUGAAGGGCCCAAAACCACAAAAUCACAACCACAGUAACCACACUGCUCCAGUGGAGACAGAAGAUGAGGACAGUGAAGAUGAAGACCCUCCUGCCCGAAAACCAAGAAAAGAUGUGGAUUCUGCUGAGGACGCGGGUCAGGUGGUGGAGGUAAUGGACAUAGUCGCCAUCUGUCGGCCCAAAUACAAAGACCGACCGCAGAUCGCCAAGAUCAUCCAAAAGAACAGGAGCGGCUACAGCAUACACUGGAUGACGGGAUCUUACUCUGGACCUUGGGCCGUGGCAAAGAAACGGGACGGUCGCAAAAAGGUGCCUUGGGUCGACAACAUCAAGGAGUCGGACAUUAUUUACAAGAAAAUCUCCUUGACAAGCGGACAGAAGCUCACGAACAAAGUGGCACAGACUUUACGAGCGCUCUACGCGUCCAGGGACGGGACAAAGAGUUAAUAACAGGAAUUCCUCCGAGUGUCCCUCCCAGCUAUAAUCCAUGGAUCCGCUAUGUUACCCACCCAGAGAACGUUCACCUGUUUAGAUUUAAAGCUUUGGUGGAGGAAAUCUUUUUUUUUUUUUCUUUUUUUUUAAAUACCGAUGUUUAAGUUAACACAAGAAAAAAAUGGAAGAAGAAAAUGUUUGUGAAAACAUUGUGUGGGAGUCCCUUCGCUGUUGUGCAGCAACCUGGAUGUUUGAUUUUUACUCCCGCUGUAUCAUAGUUUAAGUAAAAAAAAAAAAAAAACCUGUUUAUAUCUGAACAUAAUUCUGUAUAAAAAACAAACAAACAAAAAAACAAACUGAAUGUUGGAAGUUAGUGUAUUGAUGAUGUUCUUAAUAAAGUGUUUUUUUUGGAAUUAUAACUAGAUCCAGAGGAAUUUAUUUACUUGAUGUCCAGCAAAUUUUAAUGUCUUGUUAUAAAGAAAUUGCUGUUUAGCUCCAUCUGUGUUAUAGACUCUCUCUGACAUGAACUAUUUAUGAGGAAAGCGGUGCAGUAUCUGUGCUAAUAGUGUUUUAAUAUUCAGUAGGUUCAGUGUGAAUUAGCACAGGGAAACAAUAAAGUUAUCCACCGCUCCUCUGGUGGAGCUUCUACUGCAAUAAACUUUUCUU